UACACACGGUACAGGCAAGAGUAGGCAAGAGUACAGGCAAGUCGACCAAUCGGAAUGCUGUAUUUGCUGUCGGCCAUAUUGAACGUGUAGUGUGCGAAUCCGAAUAUGUGAAGUGUAUAUUCUCUCUUUUUACCUAGUGAAAAGUUCAGCCUAGAGUGAAGCAAGAAAAGCAGUGAUAAUGUCUCUGUCACGACGUGAACUAGAAGAGCUUAAGCCAGUGAUUGAUAAGACUGUACAGAAGUUCCUUGGAUUCAGUGAACCCUCUCUUGUCACAGCGUCUUUAAAUGUUAUUGAUAAAGGCUAUGAUGAAAGGAAAGCAAUCAGUAAGCUGUCUCAAAUAUUAGAUGACUCCCAAGCAGAGAGGUUUGUUGGCAAACUAUUUUCAGCAUAUGAUGAUCACAGGAGUUCAGGCAGGCACUCCAAGAGCAGGAAGAGAAAGGAAGACAAAUAUGAAGAUGAAAAAGACAGUAAGAAAGCCAAAAAAUUUCAGGAAGAGGUUGUUUCUGUCCCAGAACCUGGACAACCUAGUCCUGGCCAGCUGGCUCAUGAUAAGAUCAAGGAGCUUAUGGCCAAUGCGCAGAAGGCAAUCCAGGAAAGAAAGGCACAGUUAGGAGCAGUUAUCCCACCUGCGUCCUCGGGGUCUCUGUCUCAGGUGCCCCAGAUGCCCCAGGGGUUCAUGGAGGAUGCUGUGGAGAAGGCCAAGAGAGCUGCUGAGCUGCAGGCCAGGAUCCAGUCACAGAUGAUGACAUCUGGACUCGCCACUACCAUGCUGGGACUGCAGCAGCAACAGCAACAGAAGGUCAUGUCAUCCUCAAAGCCUGCUCCAGUGAUCUUGGAUGCAGAGGGCAGGAUAAUAGACGAGGCUACAGGACAGGCUAUCCAGCUCACUCAGUAUACACCCACACUCAAGGCAAAUAUCCGUGCCAAGAGGCGGGAGCAGUUCAAGAUAGUACAAGAAAAGCCACCAGAAGAAAUAAGUGAAUCCAAGUUCUUUGAUGAGAGAGUAGGUGGCAAAGGUCCCUUGAGACAGAGACGAGGGUUCAAGUUUCAUGAACCAGGAAAGUUUGAACAAAUUGCUGGCAGGAUGAGAACUAAGGCCCAACUAGAAAAACUCCAAAGUGAGAUUGCUCAAGCAGCAAAAAAGACUGGGAUAGCCUCAGCAGCCAAACUAGCAACCAUCCAGCCCAAGAAGGAAUACAGAGAUGAUGAGAUUCCAGAAGUUGAAUGGUGGGACUCGGUGAUACUGAGAGGGGAAAGAUAUGACUGCCUUGAUGAAGAAACUCCAAUAUCAGAAGAUGGACAGCAAGAAGAGAAAAUAAUUGGUGUAACACAUUUGGUGGAACAUCCCAUACAGAUGAAACCACCAGCUGAACCUGAAAAAGAAGUAGUGAUACCUGUAUAUUUAACAAAGAAGGAAAGAAAGAAAUUAAGGAGGCAGAACAGAGGAGAAGCCCAGAAAGAACUAACAGAGAAGAUCAGAUUAGGUUUAUUACCCCCACCAGAGCCUAAAGUAAGAAUGGCUAACCUUAUGAGGGUUCUGGGAACUGAAGCGGUACAGGACCCAACCAAAGUGGAAGCACAUGUUAGGGCACAGAUGGCAAAGAGGCAGAAAGUUCAUGAAGAAACAAAUGCAGCCAGAAAGUUGACAGAGGAACAGAGGAGAGAGAAAAAAAUGAAAAAAUUAAAAGAAGAUACAUCAUUAGGGGUCCACAUUGCUUUAUAUAGGGUUAACAAUCUUAACAACCCAGCAAAGAAGUUUAAAAUAGAAGCCAACUGUAAACAACUCUUCAUGACUGGUAUAGUAGUCCUGUACAGAGAUUGCAAUGUGGUUGUUGUGGAAGGAGGCCCUAAACAACAGAAAAAGUUCAAGAGAUUAAUGCUUCGCAGGAUUAAAUGGAAUGAAGAUAAUAAGGCAUCUAAAGAUGAUGAUAAAGACAAUGAUGAGAAGACGGAGAACAAGUGUGUUUUAGUUUGGGAGGGCACAGCAAUGAACAGAUCAUUUGGCGAUAUCAAAUUCAAGGCAUGUCCAACAGAGUCAUUUGCUAGAGAACAGUUCAAAAAGACUGGAGUUGAACAGUACUGGGACUUGGCUUACAGUGGGGCUGUCUUAGAGGCUGCGGGAGAGGACUCCUAGUUUAAAAACGAGAGUUUUGAGAUCGGUCAAAUGUACUUCCAGUUGUGCACAGCUAACUGGAUAGCUUUAGCUAGCAUUGCUGAAGAUUUUAUUCAGCUGAGAGAUUGUCAGUUUCAGAUAAAACAUGCCACUACAGCUGUAAAGAUUGAUGUGAAAAGGCUUAAAUCACCCUUGACAUGGUCAGAGGGAAAAAAUCGAUGUUAGGGAAUAAGACAUAAGUAGUUGGCAAAAUUAUAAAAGAGCCACAGAGAUCAUUUAGUAUCCUUAGCAUUGCACCCAAAUAUUUGUUACUACAGCUGAUGUCUUAGAAGGUAACUGUAACCAUGCUAGAUGUCAAAAGAUGGGUGGUUAACUGAUGAAUUGUGCAUGGAAAAAGUUCUUAUGCAAGAAAAUGAAUUAAACGUGUGGAAAUGCUGGUACUUCUCA